CCCAUGUUAUAUGGAUUUUGGCAACCAUGCCCUGUUGGGUGUGAACACACUACUUUGGUCGGUUUGCCUUUCAGUUUCAUUUUUAUUUUUCUUGGGAGUUCAACCGCUACCCAGUUAUCAAGGAGCGUCUUGGUUCCCGCGCCUUAGGUUAUUCCUGAAAGAGCAGAUCAUCAGAGUUCAGAGAGACAGAGAAUGUGCGGCAGAGCUCGUUGUAGUCUUAGAGUGGACGAUAUCCCUAGGGCUUGUGGUGUUAGCAAUGGUCCAGUACGAAGUGUGCAGAUAGAUCGGUAUAGACCAUCUUAUAAUGUUUCUCCAGGGUUUUAUGUUCCUGUUAUUUACAGAGAACCUCAAGGAAAUAAUGGUGGCGAUGGUCCGGAAACUGUUCUUCACUGUAUGAAAUGGGGACUCAUUCCUAGCUUUACUAAGAAAACUGAGAAACCUGAUCACUACAGGAUGUUCAAUGCUCGAUCAGAGUCUAUUUCUGAAAAAGCAUCUUUCCGUCGUUUACUUCCAAAGAACCGGUGCGUUGUGGCCAUAGAAGGGUUUUAUGAGUGGAAAAAAGAUGGGUCGAAAAAGCAGCCAUACUAUAUUCAUCUUAAGGAUGAUCACCCUCUUGUGUUUGCCGCCCUUUAUGAUUCUUGGAAGAACUCGGAGGGAGAGGUAAUUUACACGUUUACAAUUGUGACAACCUCUUGUUCGUCAACUUUACAAUGGCUUCAUGAUAGAAUGCCGGUUAUCUUGGGUGAUAAGAGCUCUAUUGAUGUCUGGCUGGAUGGUUCAACUACAUCUGGAUUUGAUUCUCUUCUUAAGCCAUUUGAAAAUCCUGAUCUGGUGUGGUACCCUGUUACAUCAGCAAUGGGCAAACCUUCCUUUGAUGGGCCAGAGUGUAUCAAAGAGAUAGCAUUGAAGACCGAAGAGAAGAACCUAAUCUCAAAGUUCUUCGCUAAGAAAAAUCCUGAUAGUGAAGAAGAGACCAAUGAGCCAAUCAAAAUUUCACUAAAAGAAUCUAAUCACCCACCAUCUGGAAGCCUGAAAGUUGAACCAGAAGAGAACAGUGACCUUCCAAGUGAUUCAAAAGAAAAAAGAAGCCAUAAAUCUGACAGUUUUCCCUUACAUCCGGAAGAGGAUAAAAAGUGCGGAAUCAAACGGGAUUACGAGGAAGUAGAAUCAGAGACAAAGCCUCCACCAGACAAGAUUGGAAAGACUAAAAUGAGUCCUCCGAAGAAGAAAAGCAACACUAAUAAAACUGCAGGGGAUAAACAGCCAACACUACUUUCUUACUUUGCAAAAAAAUCCUAGGGCAACACUCUAUCUAAUCUCUCUAUAGAGGGGGACUGAAAAAAGGUAAUUGAUUACCUAAAUGGACAAGAAGUAGCAGUAGACUGGCAGGCACAGGGUGUUUUGUACGAAACUAAGAAGUUGUUGGCUGAAAUGAGCAACUUUUUGGGUUUCCAGCUCUCAUCUACAGAUCCGGAAAUACUUCAGCUGACAUUAUGGCCAAGGAGGCGAGGCAGUAUGCGUCUCAACAGAAUUGAGAACAUAUUCCUGAAGUGAUUAGAACGGUGUUUGCAGUAUAGCAAUUGAAUGUUAACUCUAGCAAAUCUACUUUCUGCAUCAUUAGAUAGCUCUACUUUUCCUAACUUUGUACAAUCAAUGAAUUUUCCUUUUUUCAGAAAAGAAGAAGUGAAGUUCAGAAAUCUUGAUGGAAGA